AUGGCGCCGACAGCCGACAUACCCAAUGAGCCCAAAGUCGACUUUAGCCUCUUCGGCGGCGCCGAGUCUCUGACCGAGGGCAAGCAAGUCUGGCAGGGCGGCUCCCCGAUGUCGUCAGCGCCGAGGAGGACGGUGGUGGUGAGCCCAGACGAGAAGAGCGAGGCAAUGUACGGUCCGCCGCAGGACCCGAAUGAUUUCUUGUGGAUUAUGACCGAGGAACCGCAUCGGACGAGGAGGAAGCAGAUCAUGAAGGCCCAUCCAGAGGUGUUCAAACUGAUGGGCUACGAGCCUCUGACCAAAUACGUCGUCCUCUCCGUCGUACUCCUCCAACUCUCCGUCGCCUACACCCUCCGCUUCACCUCGCCCUUCACCUUUGCGUUCCUUGCAGCAGCGUACGUCAUAGGCGGGACGGCGAACCAUAACCUGUUCCUCGCCGUACAUGAGAUCACGCACAAUCUCGCGUUCAAGGGUAUCAAGGCGAACAAGGUGCUCGCGAUUGUGGCGAAUCUGCCGAUUGGAGUGCCGUAUGCUAUCACUUUCAAAGGAUACCAUUUGGAGCAUCACAAGUACAUGGGCGAAGACGGCGUAGACGUCGACCUCCCCACAAACCUGGAGCUCAUAUGCCUCAACAACGUCCUCGGCAAGGUUUUCUUCUGCACAUUCCAAAUCCUCUUCUACGCCCUCCGCCCCGGCUUCGUCCGCUCCCAAAAGCCGACCUACUGGCACCUCAUCGGCAUCGCCACCCAACUGACCUUCGACAUCCUCCUCUGCACUUUCGUUCCGGGCGGCAAGAACAUGCUCAUGUACCUCAUAAUGUCCAGUUUCUGGGCCGGGAGCUUGCACCCGCUCGCAGGCCAUUUCAUUGCGGAGCAUUAUGUGUGGGACGGGUUGCAGCAGGAGACGUAUAGCUAUUAUGGGUGGUUGAAUGUGUUUGCUUAUAACGUCGGCUACCACAACGAACACCACGACUUCCCCUCGAUCCCCUGGACCCGGCUCCCUGCCUUACGCAAACUCGCACCAGAGUUCUACGACACGCUCCCUUCGCAUCCUUCGUGGCCAAUGAUCAUCGUCAACUUUAUCCGCGACCCUAACGUCGGUAUCUUCGCCCGUGUCAAGCGCGAACCACGCGCAAAUAAGAAGGCUGCGCCGCCGGCUGUUGAGUUGGACGGUGGAUGUGCUGAUGUCAAGGAGGGUGCGGAGGGCGAUGUGAAGAGUAGUGGUGUCAGCUCGAGUCCGACGGGUAGUGAUACGGAGAAUGGGCAGCGGAGGAGGAAGUAG